CGUUAGCCACAACACCCGCCUAUGUCUAUGAUACUUACGCGGCGGCCGAUGGUAAACUCACAUUCAAAAUCGUCCCGCUAUAUCACAGUACAAUUUUCGUCGCGGCAGUCGACGGGAUGACCGUCAUGAAGUCACGAAUAUUGAGUUUUGUGAUGUUUGUGGCUCUGUCGUUACAGGCCACUCACGUUAACGCGCAAGAUCUACCCUGUUUGACUUGUCCAAAGGUUGCCACAGCCAUCAACACUAUCAAUACCAUCACUGACGUCAGUGACUUCUUUGAUAAUGCUUCACUAAGCCGAACAGGACCAAAAAAGAUCGCUACUGGAAUUCUUGAUUCGUUUAAAGAGUCGAAAGCAAGUCUACCAGAAGGGCGAGGGAAGAAGAAGAAAAAAAUCAAAAACAGUUCGAUGAAUAUGAUGGUCGGCGGAAGCAUAAUGGCAACUUUCGUCGUGAUAUUUAUAUUCUUGAAUAUGAUAACUGUGACGCUCGGAAAAGCACUGCUUUUCACAUUCAUCGCCAAGUUUUUGAUAUCUGUAAAUUGGAAAUCAUCGGAAUCCUCGUCGAAGAAGAAACCUUCUCGUAAUGACAUAACAGUCCUAAUGACGUGAAAUACGUUUACUACCAAAUUUUUUUUAUUUUUAAUAAAUUAUUACACAAUCAACAAUAUUUAUAUAAUAAAUAAUAUUACAUUCUAGAAGUUUAUUUAAUUACAAUGAAUAUAAUUUAAAAAAAUAUAUAUAUUAAAUGCAUUAAUACAUAUUAAAUAAUUUAAAUUUAUAAUGCGUUUUUGUUUAACCCAUCGAUUAAUAUUAUAGUACUAGAGUUUUGAACAAUUCAAUUAUUGUUAA